CCGGGAAGCGCGGGGGGCCAGGAGAACUCACAUGAGGAGCUCGAGAAUCAGCCCAUUCCUGGUCGCGGGCCGCUUGGUUUCUAGUUGGCGCUCAAUUCUGCUGGAGCCGUCGAAGCGCCGGGUUCAUCCCCAGAGGGUGGUGGAGGACCCUGGAAAGAAUGAUAGCGUUUGGGGAGCUGUGCGCCACUUCGUCUGGGGUCAGCUGCACCAAGGUCGAGCUGUGCCCCCGUUCUAUUCUCUGAGGGCUAAGGGAGCAGGCGACUGGGGAACGGGACACCUCCUUUCUGUCUCUCAAGAAAUGUUGCCUAGAAAGCACACCAUGGCUUGGGCUUGAGCUGAGCGCACAGAAGCUCGCGCUCGCACUCUUCCCACUCCUUUCCUGGAGGAAUAUGGGGUGAGCGGGGUCCUCCUGAAGGUUUGAGGACUGUCUCCUUGCUACCGCGGGGACCAUGCUCACUUUCUUGCCUUAUGUCCUGGCAUUUACUUUCUGGGAAUUGGAAAGGGGGGCAACUCUGCUCCGCGCCAUUUCCGCGGGGCAGUGACCAGCAGGUCUUCAUACGUGGUCCCUUUGUGCCCACUCAUCUCUACAGCUGGCACCCACAGAUGUCGCAUUCUAGCUUAGCUUGCUUCUCAGACAAGGAACUCAGACCCAGCAGCCUGGCUCGGAGGCUCUGAGCUAAUCUCCCCAAAAUAGACGUGAACCCCAAGGAGAAAAUUGGAUUUUUAAAAGCCCAGUGGCAAUGCUGUUUCUUCCCAAUGUGGGGCAUGAGCUCUCCCUCCCUCUCCCAGAAAGCUCAGCCUCAUCUUCAUGAAGAGCUGGGGAGGGGGGGAAGGCACUGAAUAAAAUGGCUCCUGAGCUUUGAUGACACCCCCAAAUCAGCGACUCUAUCAGGCUGAGUGGACUUUGAGGUUGACCUUCAUUUUUCUGUGACACACAAGGCUCUCACCUGGGGUUGCAGGCGGAGCUGCUGUGGAGCUGACCCAGCACAGAAAACCAUCAGGGUGACCUUGAGCUGCAAAGCUGCUGUCCACGUGGACUGGAGCUGACAUCGCGCGUCCAUCUGCCAGGACCCCUGCAUCCAGACUCCGAGACAUGGCAACCAACAGCAGCAAGGUGGCCGAUGGGCAAAUCUCCACGGAGGUCAGCGAGGUCCCUGUGGCCAACGACAAGCCCAAAACCCUGGUGGUCAAGGUGCAGAAGAAGGCGGCGGACCUUCCGGACCGGGACACAUGGAAGGGCCGCUUCGACUUCCUCAUGUCCUGCGUGGGCUAUGCCAUUGGUCUGGGCAAUGUCUGGAGAUUCCCUUAUCUCUGCGGGAAGAACGGUGGUGGAGCCUUCCUGAUCCCCUACUUCCUGACGCUCAUCUUUGCGGGUGUCCCGCUCUUCCUGCUGGAGUGCUCCCUGGGCCAGUACACCUCCAUCGGGGGCCUGGGGGUGUGGAAGCUGGCUCCCAUGUUCAAGGGUGUGGGCCUCGCCGCCGCUGUGCUCUCGUUCUGGCUGAACAUCUACUACAUCGUCAUCAUCUCCUGGGCCAUCUACUACCUGUACAACUCCUUCACCACAACGCUGCCAUGGAAACAGUGUGACAACCCCUGGAAUACAGACCGCUGCUUCUCCAACUACAGCAUCGUCAAUACCACCAACAUGACCAGCGCCGUGGUGGAGUUCUGGGAGCGCAACAUGCACCAGAUGACAGACGGACUGGAUAAGCCGGGUCAGAUCCGCUGGCCUCUGGCCAUCACCCUGGCCAUCGCCUGGAUCCUUGUGUAUUUCUGUAUCUGGAAGGGUGUUGGCUGGACUGGAAAGGUGGUCUACUUCUCGGCCACAUAUCCCUACAUCAUGCUGAUCAUCCUGUUCUUCCGUGGGGUGACACUGCCUGGUGCCAAGGAAGGCAUCCUCUUCUAUAUCACACCCAACUUCCGCAAGCUGUCAGACUCUGAGGUGUGGCUGGAUGCAGCUACUCAGAUCUUCUUCUCAUACGGACUGGGUCUGGGGUCCCUGAUUGCCCUUGGGAGUUACAACUCUUUCCACAAUAACGUCUACAGGGACUCCAUCAUUGUCUGCUGCAUCAAUUCCUGCACCAGCAUGUUCGCAGGAUUUGUUAUCUUCUCCAUCGUGGGCUUCAUGGCCCAUGUCACCAAGAGAUCCAUCGCUGAUGUGGCGGCCUCAGGCCCCGGGCUGGCGUUCCUGGCAUACCCAGAGGCAGUGACACAGCUGCCCAUCUCUCCCCUCUGGGCCAUCCUCUUCUUCUCCAUGCUGCUCAUGCUGGGCAUUGACAGCCAGUUCUGCACCGUGGAGGGCUUCAUCACUGCCCUGGUGGACGAGUAUCCGAGGCUGCUCCGCAACCGCAGGGAGCUCUUCAUCGCUGCCGUCUGCAUCGUCUCCUACCUGAUCGGCCUCUCCAACAUCACCCAGGGGGGCAUUUAUGUCUUCAAACUCUUUGAUUACUACUCUGCCAGUGGCAUGAGCCUGCUGUUCCUCGUGUUCUUUGAAUGUGUCUCCAUUUCCUGGUUUUAUGGUGUCAACCGAUUCUAUGACAACAUCCAAGAGAUGGUCGGCUCCAGGCCUUGCAUCUGGUGGAAGCUCUGCUGGUCCUUCUUCACCCCCAUCAUUGUGGCGGGUGUGUUCAUUUUCAGUGCUGUGCAGAUGACCCCUCUCACCAUGGGAAGCUACGUUUUCCCCAAGUGGGGCCAGGGUGUGGGCUGGCUCAUGGCCCUGUCUUCCAUGGUCCUCAUCCCCGGAUACAUGGCCUACAUGUUCCUCACCCUAAAGGGCUCCCUGAAGCAGCGCAUCCAGGUCAUGAUUCAGCCCAGCGAAGACAUUGUUCGCCCCGAGAAUGGCCCGGAGCAGCCUCAGGCCAGCGGCUCGGCCAGCAAAGAGGCCUACAUUUAGGGGUGCGGAGCGGCUCGCCCACCCACACUCUCGCCCCCACCCUGGCUGCACACGACCACCACUUGAUGUCUGAAGAUACCGUCUAGCUCAACCUACCUCGAGUGGCGAGUCCAGACACCAUCACCAUGCAAAGAGAGGGAGGUGGGGACAGUCACACCCCCGUGGGCCCCCACUAUGGGUGAAGAUGCUCGAUGGCUCCGGCACCUGCGGGCUGGUGACCUUUUUAAUCCGGGCCCCAUAAGCAUCAAGCAGUUGGCCUGUGUGACCGCUGCGCUAGAUCAUUUUUAUUCCGCCAGCGAGUGCGAAGUGCUCCUGGCUUUUAGUUGCAUUCCUGACUGUUCUCUUACUGCCGAAACCCAUGACUGUUACCUUGGACUUCGGUUCGGUCAGAACGCUGCUCUGUGCACGUGAAGAGGGCAGUUUGUAUAAUGGGCAUUUCUAGGGAGAGCUCACUCUUAAGAGCAGGGAGCCAGGAGAGCUCUUUCAGUUUUUGGUUUUUUCCUUCCCGAGGCAGCUCGACAGCACCCCCCCCACCCCGCACCCCGCCCCCGGUUCGUAUCACCAGAGCUGCUUUUUCUCAAGCCAUCCGCAUAGUGUCCUAUUCCCCAGCCACUCGGCUGAAUGGGCAUCUCUGCACUAAGCUUUCCCAACCCCCACUCCUGGCCAGGGCCUUCUGAUUGUGCCCGGCCGGCAGCGAUCCUUCCAGACCGGUCCUGCUCCUGGGAAAACUGCCACAAGCACAACUGACUUUGCUAUCACCGUUUUGUGGGGCCUGAGAUCCCGCUGGGGAAAUUCCCUAAUAGGAGGAGCCCCAGUUUCUCUUAGGCUGCCAGGUUUUCCAGAGCACAGAACCGUUGCAGAGCAAAUGUUAUCUGUCUCCCACACUGCACCCCAGUCACGGCUGCUGCCUUCAGAGUUCCCACUGUGGCUCAGCAGGUUAAGAACCCUGUCUGUGAGGACCCAGGUACCCUCCGUGGCCUAGCUCAGUGGGUUAAGGAUCUGAGGUUGCCUCAAGCUGCAGUGCAGGUUGCAGAUGCAGCAAGGAUCCGGCGUCGCUGUGGCUGUGGCUGUGGCUAGGCUGCGAUUCCACCCUUAGCGUGGGAACUUCGUUUUGCCACAGGUGCAGCCCUAAAAAGAAAAAAAAAAAGUUUGCUGCCUUCCCCCUUCUCUGAAAUUCUUGAGCAGGAAUCCCCUCACUGCCACUAAAAUACCCAGCCCCAGUAACUGAGGAGCUAGUGUUCAUCCGCCCCCACGUGCUUCCAAAAUUAAAACUGCUUCGGUGAGAAGUAGUGUUCUUUCCUUUUUGAAAUUGGGCUCCACAGUGGUGGUGGCAAAUCGGGUGAAGACUUUCUUGCAAGCUUCAGUAACUCAGCGUUUCUCACUUGCCAGGAACAUGGGUUCCCAUGUAGCAAAUCCUACGUCGUGCCCUGUACUCCUUAGCUAGUUAACUCACGAACUGUGUUUUACGACUAAUCCUUAAUAACCAUGGUAAAUAACUGUGACUGUGGGGUUUUUAAUCUGUCAUUCUCAUCUGAAAGUGACCAGCAUACCAGUUCUUGCAAUAAGGUUUUAUCCUCAGAUUAUUAAGCACAUUAUUGUAGAAGAAAAAAGAGUCUGUGUACACAUAUAAAUGCACACAUAUGUACAUUCAUCCUCACCCGUGGUACAUAAAGUCUCAUUUGAUAUUGUGUAGGAAACCUAAAACCUUUUCCUGAAGUCAUCUGUAAAAUAGUCUCAUUCUUAAGGCAUCGUGAAUGCCAUCUGGUGAAUCCAGGAUCGAAAUGCAUACGUAUUGUUAACUUAUAGGGUUUAGAACAAAGGAACCCUUCACUGUCUCAUGGUCCCACCCCCCAUUCUUUGUGUGAAUUCCUUUAGAAUAAGGGCAGGAAGAAUUCUAACUUUCUCUUUGUUCUUCAGCCUGAGAUGGAGAACAAGUCUUCCGAAGACAAAGGCAGUGUGGUAUUUAAUGUUUGUAAGCAAAUCUAAGUGAGAUGUUUGGCAAGAAAUCCCUUAACUGAUUUCCAUCCAAACCUAAUAUAGCACAAUAUUAUGUGUCGUAAACUUACUGUGAGAACUGUGAAUAUGUGUUCCUUUUUUAGUAUUUGCCCUGGGGAGGGAGAGAUAUUGUAUUAUCAUAUAUGCUUUUUUUUUUUGCAAUAAGGAUUUAUUCUCAGAACACCAAGUAAAUCUAUCUCUAUAUUAAAAAAUAUAUGUAAUAUAUACAUAUUCAAACUAUAUACAGAGCCUGUUUUAAGAAAAAUUACAGUAUUAUUUAGUAAAAUUAUCUGUUCUAUGGACCAAAUGUAAAAUAUUUAUAAAUGAAGAUGCAUUUUAAAUGUCUAUAAAUGGUGUCAUAACUAGAGCACGGGCGUUAUGUACGUUUCUAAGAAUAUAGAGGAAAAGUAAUAAAGGUUCUAUGAU